AUGCGCAGGAAUAGGGCCAAACUUAUUAUGCGUCUGUCCCUGUACAUUUCGCGUCGCACAAAUCUCUUUACGGCCGUUCGCCAAGGAAUUUCAGGCUCCCUCCCUUCACAGGUCCGCUCUUCGAAAAUGUUUCUUAAAACUUCAAUUAUUUCCUUUAAAUCAUCUUUGAAUGUUAGAUUUUCAUCUUCAUUCAUUCCUUCGUCACUGAAAUCAGCCAAACGCACCACUAUUAUUAAACACCUUUUUCAACUUGAUAAUUUCCUCCAUGUAAACUGCAAGUCGGGUAACUUUUCUCUUCAUGAAGCUCUUGAUUCUUUCGAUUACAUGAUUCAUAUGGACCCCACUCCUGGUAUGUCAUCUUUCAAUAUUUUGUUUUCUGCACUUAUUAAGAAAAAAUAUUACGAUGAAUUCCUUGUGCUGUACACGAGGUUCGUUUCAGCUGGGUUGUUGCCUAAUUUGAUUACUUUGAACAUUGUUAUUAAUUGCUUAUGCAAAAUGGCCCGGGUUUCUGACGGUUUUGUGGUUUUUGGGAGUAUUUUUAGGAGGGGUUUUUACCCUGCCGCUGUGACUUUUACUAGUCUGAUUAAUGGUCUUUGUAAGGAGGGCAAAAUUAAGAAGGCGAUUGAAUUGUUUGGAAAAAUGGUUUCUGUUGGAUGUAGGCCUGAUGUGGUUACAGUUGGGAGUUUGAUCACUGGCUUGUGUCGAACAGGUAAUGUCACUGUUGCCCUUCAGUUAUUUGAUGAAAUGAAUAAUGGGAAUGGUGAAUUUGGUGUCAUUUGCAAGCCUAAUGUUGUUUGCUAUGCUGCUAUUAUUGAUGGUCUUUGCAAAUAUGGGUUAGUAGACAAGGCGAAGAAACUGUUUUCAGAAAUGAAGUCCAAGGCUGUUAAUCCAGAUGUGAUUACUUACAACACUUUAAUUUACGGAUUGUGCAAUACAUCUAACUGGGAGGAGGCUAAAACUUUAUUUGCAGAAAUGUUGGAUGAAGGUGUAAAGCCUAAUGAGGUGACAUUUACUGUGGUUAUGGAUGAACUUUGUAAGAAUGGGAGGAUUGAUGAAGCCAAUGGAUUGCUCCAACUAAUGAUUAAUAGAGGUAUUCACCCCAACACAAUUACUUACAAUGCAAUUUUAAGUGGUUACUGCUUGGCAGGUAGAAUUGAGGAUGCAAGAAAACUAUUUGAUUCCAUGGAAAGUAAGGGGUGUAGGCCUAAUGUUUUUAGCUUCAGUAUUUUAAUGGAUGGUAUGUGCUUGGCAAAUAAAAUUGAUGAUGCUAAGGAAUUGUUUUCUUUGAUGUUGAGUAAGGGAUGCAAACCUAAUGUUGUUAGCUACACUACGUUGAUCAAUUGGUAUUGUAAGAAUCGAAAAGCUGAUGAAGCUAUUUGUGUUUAUAAGGAAAUGACCUCAAAGGGAAUUCAGCCAACAAUCGUUACAUUUAACACCUUGCUAAAAGGUUUUUUCAUGUAUGGUAAAGUUGGACAAGCAAAAAAACUAUUUGGUGAGAUGCAACUUAGUAAUGUUCCUCCCAAUUUAAUUACGUAUAAUAUUCUUAUUGAUGGGUUUUGCAAAAAUGGUUGUGUUUUGGAGGCUGUUGAACUGUUUCAUUCUUUAAGAAACGGAAACAUUCAUCCUGACAUCUUUACUUUCAAUAGUCUCAUUGAUGGUUUGUGCAAAACAAGAAGACUCAAUAUUGCUUUGGGACUAUUUAACAGAGGGCGCAAUGAAGGAUUUGUUCCAGAUGUUGUGACAUAUAACAUUCUGUUGUAUGGACUUUGUAAAGAAGGGAAGUUGGAGAUGGCAAGUAAUUUGUUAUCAGAUAUGGAGCAAAACGAUUGUGCUCCAAAUUGCAUCAUUUUUAAUACUCUUAUGUCUGGUUUCUUGCAAAAUAAUGAGACUUCAAAAGUGGUAGAACUUCUUCACAAAAUGAAAGAGAGAAAUGUGAAGCCAGAUGCAUCCACGGCUUCAAUGAUUCUAGAUUUACUACAAAGGUAUAAAAACUACAGUGAAGUCCUAAAUUUGCUACCAGCGUUCUCAAACCAAGAACCUACGGAUAGUUGAUUGUCAAGUAACUGCAUUUUCUGAGGGAGUACAACUUAUCACAAGAGUCUUGCCAGAUGUCAAAGUUUUUAUGUAAAGGUUUGUGCUAACAUUGUAGUGCUCAAUAGGAAAAUAUGAAAUUUCGGUCUCCUUAUUAGGAAAAAAAAAAAUCAGUCAACCAAUAAAUAUCCAUGUCAACCUUAAAUUGUGCAUGUUAACCAAGAAAUAUCCUGGUCAUGAUUUCUAAAUUAAAACAAAAAUCUAAAUUUAAAUGGUUUUAAAGGUUGGACCUGUUUCUGUGUAAGAGAAUGCAAGUUAGGUUUUUCAAUAGGAAAAUAUGAAAUUUCGGUCCUUGCAUUUAAAAAAAGAAAAAUUUCAAUUUUUUUUAUUUAAAAAACUAAUAGUUUGGUACAUUCAAGUGUUGUUAUUUCUAAACUAAAUCGUUAUAUUUUAUUGACUGCAAUCCACAUUUGAAUCCUCUUAAUCUGAGUAAAGUUGCAAGAUGAAUAGUCGAUGGUGAAUUUUGCAUCCUUAUCUAUGUUCAGUCCAGUUUCUCUCCUCAUUUGCAAAACCCAUGAGGGUAUUAUACUAAAUAAUACGUUAAUAUUCAAACUCACUAGUAUGGUAGUCUGCUUGAAGUCUAUUAUUUAUUACGGUAUCAGAAUUCCCGAAGUCAUUAGUACUAGUAUGGUUGAGUCUAUGUAUUUUUUCAUGUUGGAUUAACAUGUUUCAUGAUAGCUGUUAGAUUAAUUAUUUGAACACCAAGUAAUGAAUUAUUUUGUGAACUUAAUUAAUUCUAAAAUGAUAUUAAAUUAGUGUAAUGAUACUCAACCCAAGAUAUUAAAUUAAUUCUAAAAUGAUAUUAAAUUUUGUGAACACCAAGGGAUUGUUUGUCAUCAGAAUCUUAUAAGAUUUAUCUAGGAAGUCAAGAUGAAACAGUGAGGGUUUGGUAUUGUCUCUUUGUC